AUGGCUUACUUGGAUGACGUGGUAGUGUUCUCGAAUACACUGGAGGAGCAUCUCCUGCACCUAACCACCGUUUUACAACGAAUGCAGGCCGCAGGCAUCACCAUUAACCCCCGGAAGGUUCAACUGGGUUUGACCAGAAUAAACCUCCUAGGUUUCAUUGUCGAGGAAGGCACAUUCCGGCCUGAUGAGAAGAAACUCCGGGCCAUACUGCAGCUUCCACCACCAACAGACGUCAAGAGCCUGCAGCGGUAUUUGGGCAUGGUGGGCUUCUACCGCCACUUUAUCCCCAACUGCGCUGACCUGGCAAGACCUCUCCACCAGCUCCUACGGAAAGGUGCCAGUUGGCAGUGGACUGACGUGGAGCAGGGAUCAUUUCGGGCUCUGUCGUCGGCUAUCGCCGAUACCGCACGUCUGCUGCUUCCCGACCUCAACCUGCCAUUCAUCGUGCAGACCGAUGCAAGUGAGUAUGGCAUCGGCGCAGUCUUGCUUCAGAAGCACCAAGGAAAGCUUCACCCUCUGGCUUUUGCAAGUCGCACUCUCACAGGAGCAGAGCGGAACUAUACCGUAACAGAGAAAGAGUGCCUAGCAAUUCUGUUUGCACUAAAGAAAUUUGACAUGUAUGUGGAUGGGGCUGACUUUACUAUUCAGACUGACCACCAGGCCCUGACGUGGCUGUCAAAGCUACAAAACCCAGCCGGCCGUUUAGCCCGUUGGGCCCUCUCUCUUCAGAAGUAUAAUUACAGAGUAGAAUACAGGAAAGGCACCUUCAAAAAGGUAGCUGACGCCCUGUCCCGAGCACCACUCUCCGGGGAUGGCGAGCCGGCACACGAAGUCCUGGCUGCGGCAGUGCCUGUGGACGCCUGGGGGACACUGAUCUCCCGCCAGCAGCUACUCGACGCCCAGCUAAGCGACGACCAGUGCAACUUGAUUCACAAGGCACUGGACGGCGCCAACCCUGCCGGUAGCGGCAACUACGACUGCUACAUGCAAGCAGACGAUGGCCUGCUCUUGCGGUAUAUACCUGCUGCCGAUACGGAUUGCGAGCUGUACCUGCUACACAAGCUGGAUUCUAAGAUAAUCUGGGAUAGGUUGUUGGAAGCAUUCACCCGUUUCGGUUUCCCAGCGCAUCUUAUCACGGACAAUGCCACGUAUUUCAUAGGCAGGAUAUUCGUGGACACUUGCAAAGCUCUUGGCAUGCAGCACAAAAGGACGACACCAUACCACCCUCAAGCCAACAUCACGGAGGGUGUCAACAGAAACCUUAAUACAAUGCUGGUGGCUUUCACCGAGCGGCACAAGGACUGGGACGUUCGUAUCCAGGAGAUGGCUUUCGCCACAAGGACCACAGUAAACCGAUCGACAGGGUUUACGCCAACGGCUAUUCUUCUCGGUCGUGAGCUCCGUUUUCCUAUUGAGCAUGCAUUCACCAACGGCUUUGAAUUGCCAACUUGCAAUUACUCCACGUUCACACAAAAUCUUUCCAGCCGCCUGGCCCACACUCUGAAGGAGGCCAGGGAAAACUUGGACCUUGCCCGCCUGGAACAUGGCAACCAAUACAACAAAGGCAGGCGGCCCCUGGAGUUCGCGGUCGGCGACGAAGUGCUCCGCCGAACGCACCCACUCAGCGAUGCUGCAAAAGGGCUGGACGACCAGGUCUACCGCUUCUUCGAGAGGCGUGCCUCGGGAAAUCGAGCCAACUCUAUGGCCUUCGGGUUCCUGGACGACCUUGGCGACUCGGACAUUCCCUGCUCCGCCGAUCCUCGUUUGGUACAGCAGUCUACAAGUUCGGCCCACCACUGGCGGUGCCGCGCCGUCGCUGAAGGCCACCGUGGGCCAGCGCCAUCAUCCUCUAGGCACAGAGAGGAGCAGUAUGGGAGCGCCGGCACAAUGAGCGACAUAGGAGCCAGCUGA